UUAAUGUAUUUGACAUUUGCUGAUAAACCGUUACUGCGCAUCAAAACCAUUUACGUCAUCAAAUUAGUAAUCAAAUUAGCUUUUGGACAACAUGACCGUUGUGAGGGACCGGUGUGAGGGCACAUCGGAGGGAGCGUUAAUGAAAUAUUUGGUAAUUCCCUUCCGCACCACCAAGUGGCAGUAUCUAAACACGCGUCAACUAUUCAAAAGCCAGCCAAAUAGUUUUCUGACCUGCAUGUGGGUGAGAUUUCCUUCCAUUCACAGCAGCAAUGGCAGCCUCCUGUACCAACGCGAUACGGGUGCGUUUGUAUUUUGAUUACCCUCCGCCCUCGGUGACCGACUGUCGCAUGUGUUGGGUGCUCGUUGACUUGAACAAAUGCCGGGUGGUAGCCGACCUAGAAAGCAUAAUACGAGAAAAGUUCGACUUCAGUCGCCGAAGCAUUUUGAGUCUGUUCAUUGAAGACUGCUACCUGCCACAUACAGAGAGCAUCUACGUAGUCCGAGACAAUGAUAGCAUCAGAGUGAAGGUGGAAACCAUAACCCUGGUCAACGGAUGUAAGGCCAUCACAUCUACUGUGAACGCCAAGAAGCGAGGGAGAGGUGCUCAGGAACAGGAGGAGGAGUCGACCGCACAGAAUGAAGUGAGUGCCGGGUGGAAGAAGAGGAAGAAGAGGAAGAAUGAGGAGAGCCUGGAGGACCAUUCCAUCUCAGCCACGGUUGAAGAGGAGAGUGUAGCACACCCCAAAAAGCUGAAGAAGAAAGAUAAGGACAAAGGGUCUGUGAAGACUGGAGAAGGGACAGAAACCACUUCCUCGUCCACAGGACCGUCUUCCGUAGCAGCCAAUCGGGACAAAGGCACCAAGAAGUCAAUCACCUCUGCCAAUGGUGAAACUACAUCAAAGGCACAGAGCCGGACAAAAAACUCUCCUGUUUCCAGCAGUAGUGAGGAUGCAGAAGAUUCCAGAAAAAAAAAGAAACAGAAACCUCCCCCCAAAACACCAUCAGCUAACUCCGCACCCCCUGUUGCCCCAAAAGUCACCCCUAUCGUCAAAACUCCAGCGGCAAACAAAAAACCACGCCCGCCUCCGUCAUCAUCAUCAUCCGAUUCGGACUCGUCCGACUCAUUGGAUGACGAUGGCACCAGCAAAGUAACCACAGGCCAACCUGCUGUUAAAACCAAAACCUGUCUCCCCAAGCCUGCAACCAACACAUCCACGCUCUCCAAAACCCCUCCUAGGGACAAAGACGCCCUCUCACCCCCCAGACUUGGCCUCCCACUCUCCAGCCCCACAAACUCGCCAUCCACCGGCCCCAAAGCACCAGAGGCACAUAAGACCCAGACGGGGCCCGGGAGCUCGGAUUCUAGCGACACUAGCAGCGAGGAGGAGAUCAAGCUGGUCAUCAAACGGCCCGUCCCGGGACUGGGACUGGUGGCGGCACCUGCUCCGGAAGCGUUGCCUGCUCAGAGGGGCCGGGGACUCCCCAGGGGUUGGGAGAGGGGGCGAGGUGGCGGUGUGGGGGUACGAGGCGGGGGUUGGGACAUGGGUCCAGGGGGUAGGGGUCGGGGAGGCCGAGGGGAGGGCAGAGGGCCAGGGGGCGGAGCGCGGGCGGAGGUUGGUUUUGACUACGGUGGUGGACAACCAGCUCGGCAGCAGAAUCCCCCGGAGCAGUUGCCUUCACACCGAGGCGACUCGCUGACCAACAACUCCGUGGUGUUCAACAACCCACCAGAGAGUGCCCCUAAGCGGGACUACAGCACCAUGCCCCUGCUAGCGGCUCCUCCUCAGGUGGGACAGAAGAUUGCCUUCAAGUUGCUGGAGCUGACAGAGAACUACACACCGGAGGUGUCUGAGUAUAAAGAAGGGAGGAUCAUUAGUUUUGACUACAGCACCAAACAGAUUGAGCUGGAGCUGCUCUCAGGUUAUCGAGCCCCAGCGGAGCCAGGGAAGUUCGACCUGGUCUAUCAGAACGCAGACGGUUCAGAAGAUGUUGAGUACGCUGUGACCCGUGGCUCCAGGGUGACUGAGCGGUGGGAAUCGCUGUUGGAGCCCAGGCUGGUUAUGGUGAAUAUAGGCUGAGAAAAUGAUUGGACAUUCUUGGUCAACAAGGGUCAGAGCAGGGACAGAAUGGUAGUAGAAUCGGUGCAUCGAUUUCUAACACACUGGCCCAUUUUAUUUGACACUCGAAGCUCCCAUUAGUAGGUGAAUUAUAAUAAUUUGGCACAAAACUCAAAACAAUUUAAACUGUCCCUGUGGACUUAAGGGUGUCCAGUACAGAUCUGGCAUUUGCCAGAUGUUGGACUGGGGCUAGUUUUGACAUUGAGAAAGGUUAAUCUGGGUCCAGAUUAACCUUAGUCCUGGAUAAAAUGUCACAUUUGACUGAGGAUUCUUUAAUUAAGAAUUAUUUAGAUAUUCCUUUGAAGAACUUAGUAAUUUUAGCAAACAUUACCUCUUAACAAAACCCACAACUCUUAAUUUACCCCUGUCUCUCCAGUCUUUUUGAGCUUUAAGGCAGGCUUUUGUUCCGGCCCGGCAGUAAAAAAAUUGGUAAUUCCCCUGUCAUUCUGUCAAUUCAGGAAAUUAACUAAUACAAAAUGUUUUAAGAUGUUUUUAAAUGUACUAAUUGGUUAAGUUCAGUUGAACUCGUAACUAAAAAGAGUUCAGCUGGAAUUGACCAGAAACAUAUAUUCAGCUAAUCCAAGUCUGAAUUUAAGAUGAUGAUAAUUAGUCUGUUAGUGGUUUAGUUGUGGGUAUGAUGAACACCUCUUAAUGCCAGCAACUUAUUUUAGGGAAGGUUUCUCAGAUACAGAUUACUAAAAAGCAACCUCAUUGGAGAUUUGCCUAACCCUAAUCUUUGUCUGGAAUGAAAAAGUACUGGUGUUGAGAUAUUGCUGCAGGUUGACCAAGUAAUGUUAAAGAUUUUCUUCAGUCUUUGAUCUCUUUUUACUUGUCUUUAUUUUAGACAAUGGUUGUAUUGUUUUGUUACACGUUACACAUUGAUAUAACUGUGAAUGUUGCUUUCUGAAUAAAACCAUUACUUUUUGUAAGA